AUGUUAGGCAAAUUAGUCGCCUGUCGAGAAUUUGGUGCUCGAGUAAGUAGGGCUCGUCUGCCUGGAGUUGGAACCAUAGAUCAGAUGGAACGUCAUUAUCGUAUUUUGGGGCAUCUGUCCAUGGUUUACUGUGUUACAUUUGAUCGAACAGGCAGUUAUAUUAUAACGGGUGCGGAUGAUAACCUGAUAAAGGUCUGGGACGUACAUCGCGGACUACUCCGCUAUACCUAUCGUGGGCACUCUGCAGAAGUGGCAGACGUUACGGUUUCAUACUGUAAUCAGAUGAUUGCUUCAGGAAGCGUGGACAAGUCUAUACGGGUCUGGUCUCUUUCUACCGGAGAAACGUUGCAAGUUUUUUACCAUCAUACGGCCGUGGUUGCACGAGUGAAAUUUUUGCCGUUUGUUGACCAAACACGCAGAUAUCUUGUUUCUUGUGCUCUUGACUGCAAGGUUAUAUUUUACCCAUUUGAUGAGAACACAAAGGAGUUUGAGCAAAACGACAUCGUAAUCUUUGACGAGCGCGAAUCGCCAGGAACGCGAAUCAUCUCGCUAUGUCAUAGUCCGAGCGGACAAUGGAUUGUUGUCGGUGAUACUCACUUUUACUUGCGCGUUUUUCGAAUUACAAGAGGGAGUGGAGGGGCGACGAAGUUUACCGAUAUUUGUGCACAUAAGGUUGUUUACUAUAUUCAUAGAGGUUCAGUAAUAUCUAAUAAGCUCUCACUUAAGGAUCGGGUGGAUAGCCUCGAGUGGGCUCAUAUAGGCUGCCAGUUUGCUUCUGGCAGCCGCGAUGGAUUGGCUAAAAUUUGGAGAUUCUCAUGUGGGAAGUGGCGGUCGAUUUCGCUUAUUGUUCCA